GGUCCCCGCCUCCCAGCUGCGGGAGGAUCAGAGCCCGCCGCGGGGCGAAGGGAGUUCUUCUGAGAGGAAACAGAGCCAACAGGGCUCCCGGCCAGAGGCGGAGGGAGUUCAGCGCAACGCGGCGGGGUGAAAAACCUGUGCGGCCCUGCAAAGAGGCAGCCACAGCUCACGGCGCCCGUGGCCGGGCUGGGGCACCCGGGCCUGCCGUAGCUGCCGCGGUGCCUCCUCAGCACGGCGACCGUCAGCCCCACCGAGCGCCACGGCCCCUGCGCUUGCUGAUUCCCCGCGCAGUUGCCAAGCCCAGGAGAGAGGAAGCGAGCCGGCCAAGUCAGCCCAGCCCAGCUCCAGGGAGUGGGGUGGGCUGUCCACAAACCCCCUCCUGCUGGGCGAGGUUGAGCCACCGCCAAGAAACCCCUCCUCUUCCCCACCAACAUGGCGCCUGCGCCACCGGCAGACGCACGGGGAGGGCGUUCCGCGACUCCCAUGAUGCCCUGCGGCGGCGUCCAUUCAAAUCUCGGCCGGUCGCCCUCCACAGGCCAGCAAAUGGCGGCUUCUGGGGUUGCGGUAGCUCUCGCUCCCGCCCAAGCGACCUCUCCCACAUCCCCGCUCCUUAUAGCUGAGGCACCGCCGGCCUCGGAUCGCGGUGGCAGAAGGAUGAGAGCCCGGCGGAGCGGGCCCGUGGUGGGCUGCCCCUCGGUGUCCGUGGUCUUCCCGGGCGCCGUGAGCCGGGAGAGCUGCUGCCGCUUCGCCUGCGAGCUCCUCAAGCACGUCCUGCACCAGCGGCACCAGCUCCCGCUGCCCUAUGAGCAGCUCGCUUACUUCUGCCGGCGGGCGGCGCCGGAUGGAGAUGUGAUUAAGAAGCCACCCUCCAUGGACCUGGCAAGCAAGAAGUGCCAGCAGGUGCUGAUGGAGCUGGAGGGAAUGCUCCAGCACUUGGAAGUAAUGUUUAGUUUGACACUGGUUCCUCGGGUUCUUAUUCUACUUGGAGGCAAUGUCAUGAGCCCCAAGGAGCUCUAUGAGCUCAACUUGGAGGGUAUCUAUGAGGGCAGUGCUGAGGAGAGCCUGAAAACUGCAUCCUGUGUUCGCAAGCUCUUUCACUCACUCUUCAUUGCAGAUGUCUUCAGUGAACUUAAGGCUCUCCCCAUCAUGGGCACUGUUGUAAUGCUCCAAGGACACCGCAAUUGUGGUGUUGAUUGGUUCCGGCCCAAGCUCAACUAUAAAGUGCCAACCCGAGGGAGGAAGCUAACUGUUAACUUGUCCUGUGAUGAAGACAUCAACAUAAGCGCUUCACCUCCUCAGCAUGUGACCUCUACCUGGGAGGACUAUGUCUGGUUUCAAGCACCAGUGACACUCAAAGGCUUUCAUGAAUGACCUGUGCUCUGUGAAACUUUAAUGGAAUAUCAAAUAACCUUUGCUGCUUUAAGUGAUAAUACCUUUAUCAAAUGUAACUGCAUAUUCUUGUCUGUCUGGAUCUCUUCUCCAGGGCAUCUACUGCCUUCCUGAAGCUUGACUGUGUUCAUCUGACUUCAUCUCCUGAAUUGUUGUUGAAAGCAAAUACCCUUUAAGGCACAGUUGCACACAGAUACAGUGAUUUUUUUUUUAGGGGCUAGAGUUGUGGCACAGGAAAUGAAUUAGUGUGUUGGCAGUAAAACUUCCCUGCUGUAUACUUACUGAACUGGCCAACACUAGAUCUAGUCUUUUUUUCUCCUAAUGCAGCUGUUUCUCUGCUAAUGAUUACUACAUUAGCUGAUUGUUUGGGACUCUAGAGAAUGUAUGUGAUUAUUAAGACACUUGGCCUUUAUAGUAAAGGCCAUAACUAUUCUUACCUACCCUAUUCCUGUAAAAGGAGACCUUUCUCUGCAGUCUGAUCAGGCUUGAGUACUCAAGUGUUUGCCUAGCUAUUUGAUAAAAUCAGACUUCCCCAUAACUCAAUUUCAGUUAAUUGCUGAGUCCCACUCUUUGCAUUAUUGGGAGGUUUUGUACCUAGCAUUGUCUUGUGCUGGUGAUGAAGAGUGGUUGAGCAGUCCUGUGGAGGCAGGGAAGCACAUCUUCCUAUGUUUUUUACUAACCUUUAGUCCAACAGCCCUGACAAUCAGUUAGAUAGACAGUUAAAAUUAAAAGUAAGCAGUUUCUGCUCUAACCCUCUUCAGAGGAAGUUAGGACUCCUGCAUCAAUAUGCUCACUUGUUCCCAUGUAACAACAAAAAAAUUGGUUUGUUUGUUUACUUUUACCCCUUAGAAGUCUUAGAGGCUUAGACUCUAAAUGCUUCUGAAACAUGAAGAAGUAGUGAGGGGAGUGUGAUCAAGUUCUAAUCUAUGAUUUUAAGUUCAGCACUAUCUUUACCGGUCAAAUUCCUGUACUAAGCCAGAAUGUAUUGCUGGGAAGCGGAGCUUGAGCACUUUCUUCUGGCCUGGUGUCUAGUGUGGAAUGGGACAGAGAGGUAGGGAGAGAAACCCGUAGAGCACAGGGUGUCAGAACAAGAUAUCUGCUGGAGUUAUCUUCAGUCAGCUGGGUAUGUACCUGUAAUGUAAUGAGCUUAAUAGCUCCAAAUAGCUCUAUCCCAUUUGAAAAGAAACCAGAGCCUACGGGUAGCGAGGUUGCUUGCAGUUUCUUGCUAGCAAAAAUUGCACUCUGGGGUGGUAAAAAUCCUUUGAAAGGAGGGUAAAGGUUGAAGUAACCCUCUACAGUUGAUGCAUAUUUUAACUUCGACCUUUUGGAAUGGAACGAGGUUAUAGAACUAACAGGAAAUUACGUUGAUAUUUUUAAGCUUGGAGAACAGUAGGAGUGCUGUUUCUGCCUUAUCCAUUAACAGCUGUUUACAAUGUGUAGAGCUAGCGUGAGCAGUUACUAGGGGAAAAACUGCUAGAAUGAAGACAGCUGCCUUAUGUGCAGCUGCCCACUUGAAUAUGUAAUCACAGGUCUCUUGAAUGAAAUAUAACUUGAAUGUAGGAGUGUUUGUGCUCAGGAGAUCAAAACCCUUUAUGCUUCCACCAAAGCUGCUUGUAAUGCAUAUUUAAGAACGCUAGCACUCAAGUAUUUAAAGAAGCCUUAGUUAUGAGGAACAAGAGGCCAGUUCCUUUCUAAUCUCUUCCCCAGAUGAGUGCAAUGUUACUCCAUUAAACUGUUUACAUAUUCUGUAAUACUUGAACCAUGAAUGCAGCAAUGAUAUGGUGCCAGGAAUGAAAGAAGACAAGAUGCCUUUUUUUCUCUUGUGAAGAGCUUUAGAGCCUGAUUAACAAGUUUAGUAUUAUAAUCAAUAUCAAAAUAAAAUGCUGGCUUCUGUGCAUGA